AUACAAAGCAGAUCAUUUAGGCACAAAACGACCCUCAUAACAACGAAAGUUUGUUUGCAGCAUUACUUUCUUCUUAUCCUGGUCUCAUCAGCCCCCGCUUAUAUUCAAAGAAGGAGUGACAUACGCCAAACUUGGGGAACAGAUACUUCAAUUGAACCUCAAUGGAAGACCGUUUUUCUCGUAGCUCAAACGCGAGUGCAGAGCGAGUCAAACGCAUUGUUCAAAGAAGACGAACUCUUCGAAGAUUUAAUAAGAGCAGAUUACUACGAUCAUUACUCUAAUCAAUCUCUGAAAAUACGCAUGGGAUUUGAAUGGGCUGCCAGAUACUGCAAGUUCUCUUUUCUGUUGAAAAUGGACGACGAUACCUUCGCGAACGCGAAAGCACUUAUUUCGUUUUUGAAAUUGCCGAGUACGCCACGAGAAAAGCUGUACUUGGGGCGUGAUGCAAAUACCGCAGUGUUAAGAGGUGGCAAAUUUGGGGUUUCCAAACAAGAGUACAGCGGAAACCGCUAUCCACCGUUUUGUCCCGGUUUUGGAGUUGUAUUCUCAAAUGAUGUCAUUCUUUUGUUCGUAGAUCUAUUUGAUGUAGUAUCAAAAUUCCGACUCGAUGAUGUUUACAUGGGUAUGCUCGCGGAUAAAGCUGGCGUGAAACCCUCCCGCACCAGUAAUUUUGAAUUUUCGGUAAACCCACCGCCUGCAUCUAAAUGCAAGUGGCAGAAAAGCACUUUAUUGCGUCACGGAAUCACUGGAGACUGUCUUUUCCAACUUUUUAACGAAACCGUUCACCGCGUUAUAAACGAGUGA